AUGGUCAAACAUCGUUCCCUCUCCUCCUCCUCCUUACGUAAUCCUCUCAUGCAACGGCAAUUACCGCGAGGCGAACGCCGGCCGCGAGUCAGCUGCGGCGCGCCGCGACGGCCGGAAAUGGAGGGACGCACCUGGCAACCCUGCUGGCGCCUGACACAGAGGUCGCGUUUGUUUCUUUUGAAUGAAGUCUGCCCCACGCAACGCCGUCAGGCGAGAUUGAGCCGACUUCUGAGACGGGUCGUUCCUCCUGUUGUGGUUACGAAGAGGGACGGGGCGUGCGUGCGGCCGGGCUGGCGCGCCCGCCCGCGUCUCCAGGAAGGAUGGCCGCCGCAGCUGCCGCCACGCUGACAGAUCCUCCCGACAGAUGGCACCAGCGUCGUGUCCCCUCUUCUGACGUCCUCCCGUUUUUUUUACUGCGUCCGCCUCGUCCCAGCCCAUCCGUCCCCCCUUGUCCUCGUUUUGUGUGUCUGUCCCUCUCUCUCUCUCGUGCGCGUCCUCACGCCCUCAUUUAUUUUUAUCCCUGUCUUUCUCUCUCUCGCUCUUUCCUCGAUCCACCUGACACGAAUACAUUAUCCGACGCUGCCCACUCCUGGAAAAGUGGAUUAUUUAUCUAUUUGUCCCCGGCGUACGG